GGACAGCAGGUGGCGGUAAUGCAUCACCCAGUUGGACCAGAGUCAGACGAAGAAGCAGCAGCAGCAGAAGACGAAGAAGAAGGUGUCCGUGGUGACAGCACUCAACAUGGCGUUCAAUUUUGGCGGUGCCACGAGCAACCCAGCAGCAAGCACGUCCGGGUUUUCAUUCGGUUCAUUUGGAGCCAAAACUACGCCAUCGACAACAUUUGGCUUCGGCACCCCAGCCACCACAACCACAGCCUCAUCCGGAUUCGGUACUCUAACAGCCCCUGGUUUUGGGGCAGCCACCACCACCACUGCUGCACCAGCCACAGGCUUUAGCUUUGGCUCCACCAACACUGGAUUUGGGGGGCUGGGAGCUGGAAACACCAUGGCUGGCGCAUUCGGUGGCUUCGGAACAACGACGACAACUGUUGCUGCACCAGGGGCAACAUUUAGCUUUGCUCCCCCCGCAACAGGAAGCCUGUUUGGUAACACGCAGAACAAAGGGUUUGGAUUCCCGACUGGGCUUAGCACAGGGACUGCUGCAGGAACAUCGGGAUUUGGAACUGGAACUGGACUAGGAGCAACUAGCCUGGGUGGCUUUGGAGGCUUUAAUAUCCAGCAGACUCAGCAGCAGCAAGGAGGCUUGUUCGGUCAGCAGGCGGGUCAGAAUCAGUCCACCCAGCUUUACCAGCAGGUCACCGCUCUGUCAGCUCCCACCUUGUUAGGAGAUGAGCGUGACUCCAUACUUGCCAAAUGGAACCAGCUGCAGGCAUACUGGGGCACAGGGAAGGGCUACUACAGCAACAACAACCCACCUGUGGAGUUCAAUCAGGAGAACCCAUUCUGCAGGUUCAAGGCGGUGGGGUACAGCUGCAUCCCGAUGAGUAAGGAUGAAGAUGGUUUAGUAGUCUUGAUUCUUAAUAAAAAAGAAGCUGAUGUGAGAGCUCAGCAGCAGCAACUGGUCGAGUCCCUCCACAAGGUCCUAGGAAGCAACCAGACCCUCACUGUCAAUGUAGAGGGUGUCAAAGCCCUGUCGAAUGACCAAACAGAGGUGAUCAUUUAUUUGGUUGAGCGCUCUCCCAACGGCACCUCCAAGCGAAUCCCAGCGAGUACCCUCUUCAACUACCUGGAGCAGGCUAACAUAAAGGUCCAGCUCACUCAGAUUGGAGUGGUCAUGUCAGUGACACGCACAGAGCUGUCCCCAGCACAGCUCAAACAGCUGCUGCAAAAUGCUCCUGCAGGAGUGGAUCCUAUUAUCUGGGAACAGGCCAAGGUGGACAACCCCGAUCCAGAGAAGUUGAUCCCAGUGCCCAUGGUAGGAUUUAAGGAGCUGCUCCGCAGGCUGCAGAUCCAGGAGCAGAUGACUAAACAGCACCAGACCAGAGUGGAUAUUAUCUCCAAUGACAUCAGUGAACUGCAAAAGAACCAAGCAACCACAGUGGCAAAGAUCGCCCAGUACAAGAGGAAGUUGAUGGAUCUAUCUCACCGAGUGCUGCAGCACUUAAAACAACAGCAGGAAGGUUUAAGUCAUUUGAUCAGUGUCAUCAAAGAUGACUUGGAAGACAUCAAACUUAUAGAGCACGGGCUGAGCGACAGCGGACACAUGAGAGGAGGCAUCCUCAGCUGA